CGGCGCGGCCGGAAGUGUCGCGUUGCCAUGGAGAGAGCCCCGUGGGGCCCGCCCCUGGGCGCGCGGACGAGCGCGGGGCGGCCGGAGCGGCCGGCGGCAGCGGCGUGGCAGAGGCGGCGGAAGGCCUCCGAGAGCCCUGCUGUCCCUGCCUGCUGCCGCUCCACAGAGAACACUCUGGCCCGGGACCUGACUCUCACAGCACACGCCCGGCCUGGCCUCCCUGUCCCGGUGGCUCCUCGCUCAGAGGUGGACGUGUGCAGACUGUGACGCCCAGACAGCAGAGGGAGGCCGGGCCAGGCAUGACUGCUCCCAGGCCCCACCCCAGCUCACCCCCAGCUCUGAGCUCGGUGCCGUCUUGACUCUGGACUGAGGCUGCUGUGCCAACUGCGUUCCUGACCUCCUGCGCUGUCCUCAUCUGCUGAGUGGCCAUGGUGCCUUGUCACCUGGGUCUGCGCCCCUCAGGCUGGCUGGGGUGUGGUCCCAGGAGGGCCGCCUGACUCAGCCUUGCCAGGGUCAGAGGGCACUGAGCCUUGGGGAGGGGAUGCCCCCACGGGUGCCAGUCAAGCCAGCUGCCCUGUCCCUCAGGCCUGGGCUGGCUCGUGUGCUCCCCAGUCCAGUCCCCCGAGCAGCCCCCUUGGGCCGGCCUCCCUCACCAUGGCCGAACACCCGGAACUGCUAGCCGAGAUGCCCAUGGUGUGCAGGAUGAGUGCUCAGGAGCGGCUGAAACAUGCCCAAAAGCGCCGUGCACAGCAGGUGAAGCUGUGGGCCCAGGCUGAGAAGGAGGCCCAGUCCUGGAGGGGCCCCAGGGACCGGCUGCAGCAGGAGGGGGCCAGUGGGCCACAGCGGCGUGUCCACUUCCCUCCCAGUGUCACUCUGCUGGAGGCUGCUGCCCGCAACGACCUGGAGGAAGUCCGCCAGUUCCUCAGCAGCGGGGUCAGCCCUGACCUGGCCAAUGAGGAUGGCCUGACGGCAUUGCACCAGAGCUGCAUUGACGACUUUCGGGAGAUGGUGCAGCAGCUCCUGGAGGCUGGGGCCACAGUCAAUGCCCAUGACAGCGAGUCCUGGACGCCCUUGCAUGCUGCAGCCACCUGUGGCCACCUGCACCUGGUGGAGCUGCUCAUUGCCCGUGGGGCUGACCUGCUGGCUGUCAAUGCUGAUGGGAAUAUGCCCUACGACCUGUGUGAGGAUGAGCAAACGCUGGAUUGCCUGGAGACAGCUAUGGCCAACCGUGGGGUCACCCAGGACAGCAUUGAGAGUGCCCGGGCCUUGCCGGAGCUGCACGUGCUAGAUGAUAUCCGGAGCCAGCUGCAAGCAGGGGCUGAUCUGGACGCCCCUCGGGACCAUGGAGCCACUCUGCUCCAUAUUGCCGCUGCCAACGGGUUCAGUGAGGCCGCAGGCCUGUUGCUGGAACACCAAGCCAACCUGAGCGCCAAAGACCUGGAUGGUUGGGAACCAUUGCACGCUGCAGCCUACUGGGGGCAGGUGCACUUAGUCGAGUUGCUCGUGGCACACGGUGCCGACCUUAACGGGAAGACCCUGAUGGAGGAGACGCCCCUGGAUGUGUGCGGUGAUGAGGAGGUGCGGGCCAAGCUGCUGGAACUGAAGCACAAACACGACGCGCUUCUGCGCGCCGAGGGCCGCCAGCGCUCUCUCCUGCGCCGCCGCACCUCGAGCGCUGGCAGCCGGGGGAAGGUGGUGAGGCGGGUGAGCCUGACCCAGCGCACCAGCCUGUACCGUAAGGAGCAUGCCCAGGAGGCCAUCGUGUGGCAGCAACCUUCGCUGCAGACCCUCAGCCCCGAGGGUCUGGAGCCUCCCGAGGACCUGGAACCCCCCGCAGCCCCGGAAGCCGAGGACGAGGACCGUCAGACUGAUGCUGAGCUCCGGCUGAGCCCAGAGGAGGACCCUGAGGCUGCCAGGCCACACAAUGGCCGAGUGGGGACCACUACGGGAAGGCAUCUGUACUCCAAGCGCUUGGACCGCAGCGUCUCCUACCAUCUGAGCCCCCUGGAGAGUGAGGCCCCAGAUGGCCUGGUUAAGGCCAAGGCCCAUCACACACUGGCGGAGCUGAAGCGCCAGCGAGCUGCUGCCAAGCUGCAGCGGCCCCUGCCCGAAGGGCCUGGGACCCUUGAGUCUUGCCCUGCUGAGGAUGCUCAGAGCCCCCAGCUCCAGGGAGACCCUAAGACUGGUGGAGACCCACCUUUGCUCAGGCUUACAGCCCCCUCAGAGGAUGCUCCCAUAGAGAAGAGGCCGUGCUGCCAGCUCAUGUGAGGGCCGUGCAUGCCACCUGUGUGUGGCUGCCUCAGGACCUCUGUGUUGGAGACCCCCAUGUGUGCUGCUCCCCAGCUGUGGCACCUGCAGCCACGGCUGGGCCCUGGCCCGGAGACAGAUCAUCGACAUGUGACUAUUGAUAAAGGGCUGUUCUGCCACGUUCCUUUUUGUGUGUCUCGGCGGGGCCAGCGUCCCACAGUGAGGAAUGCAUGUUGCCAGGCCUGUCCUGUGAGCACCUGUCUGGGGCCUGUAGUGCAGCCCAGCCCAGCGUGGGAUGAGGCCCAGGGCCAGCUGAGCCAGAAAUGGGCCCCUCUGCACCCUCCUGUGUCCCUGGAGGCCCCUCUGUCACCUUCCCUGAGAGCAGAGAACUCUGGCAGGAACUUUUCUGGAUGUCUCUGCUCCAGGGUCAGCUCUAGCAGUUUUUUAGAAAGGCUCAGUGUGGGGCUGGAGUGAUAGCAUAGCGGGUAGGGUUUGCCUUGCACGCGGCCAACCCGGGUUCAAAUCCCAGCAUCCCAUAUGGUCCCCUGAGCACCGCCAGGAGUAAUUCCUGAGUGCAGAGCCAGGAGUAACCCCUUGCAUCACCAGGUGUGACCCAAAAACCAAAAAAAAAAAAAAAAAGGCUCAGUGCUAGAAACCUCUAGAAGGCCUGUGUCAGGGGCGUCCCCUGCCCCGCUCCUGGGCCUGGCAUGCCAGGCUACAGAGGGGCCAGCAGUGGGCUGCUCAGGGGCCGCGCUGGCUGGGCACUGUGUUGGGGCACAGAGAUCACUUAGGGGCUUCGCGUGGGAAAGUGAGGGCACUGCCAGCUCAUGUCCAUGCAGGGGCUGCCCUCUUUCAUGCCUGUUCGUACCAGGUGGCCAGGCUUAGGUCACCACCCUCCCUGUUGUGUAGUGACCUGGCCAGCCCAGCCUCAGGACCGCCUACUCCAAGCAUCAGUGGUUGGAGGGUGUCCUCGGUAUUGAGUGCAGCUGCCCAAUGUCCGUCUGCCUCCUUCCUG